CUAUACUCUUUACCACUUAGAUGUUGAUGUAGGCAGAAGUAUGGACAUUGCCCGAGAGAAUUAAAUACCUCAUGAUCACAAAAUAAAGUGUUUUUAUAUUGAUUUGGAAGAGCUCAGACGUACAACUGCGUUAACUUGUGUAAUAAAGAUAGCGGUUAGGAGAUAUGGAUGUAAACAGCGUGGAAUGUGAACCUACUCCUCCUCAGGCCGUUAGCAUGGCAACCAUUACAUUGGGCUCGAAUGGUAACCACAGCGACGAAAAUCAUGAUGCCUAUCGGGACAUACCUCCUGUGAAUAAUGAUGAUGUUGAUUUAAGCAUAACACAGAGAAAAAAGAAAUCCAAAGGUCUAUACUCUGCGUCAUCUACUGCGUCCAAAGUGUAUGGAACAGUGCAUAGUGAAGAAAUCGUAAAAAUGUCAGACUCGGAUGUAUCCGCACCCCCUCCUAGCAGCUCACAGACCAUACAGACACCCACGGGCAACAGAUUUGUGACGACAAGUGGGGGAAACGAGGUUGGCGAGGACGACGAAGUUUGCCCAGAAUUUCAGCCCCAUGCCUGGAAGAAAGGGAUGUGUAACAUUUGCUUCAAAAGUCAAGAAGAACAUGAAGGCAAAAUACCGGACAUUUCCAAAAUGAGGAUAACGUCGGGAGGGGGAGGGAGUUUGGAGAAACGCCUUGAAAUAGCCAUGAAACGUAUCAAAGACCUGGAAGCUGAACUCAGAGAAGUUAAUGGACAGUAUGCUCAGCUCCAGAUUGACUUCAAAGAACUGGACGAAGACUGUAUGAGUAAAGAAGAAGAGCUUAAGAGAGCGGAGGAAGAGAGCACUGACAUUGUGAAGGUCCUUAGAGAAAAGGCAGAAAGACUAGAUGAUGAAAAUCAUUACCUUAAGAAAAGGAUUGAAGAUCUUCAACCAAAGUCUAUAAAAUCUAUAGGAAGAGGAAAAUGGAAGUAACCAUGGAAAUGAUUCGUGGUUACCUUAGUUACUAGUUACCAUACAUGUGAAUACAUGGAUGACAGUGAAUUCUAAUGUCACAAAGGGGCAUUAGUAUAUCAAGUUCAUACCCUGGGAAUUCGAGGGAUAUUAAUAGCUUAUUUAACAUGGAAGCAAAUGAGAAAUGACAAAUAUGAAUUUUGACUUGAAAAUGUGUUC